AUGUCCACUUGUAGCUCUGUUGAAAUAGCAGAAAAAAAGCGCGCUGCCUUGGCCAAGCUACAAGCCAAGAAAUCACAGCUCGUCAACUACACGGCUCCGCCUGCAAGUGCACAGCAACAAAUAAAAAAUCCUUCCCAGCUGGCCUCGAAGUCUCCAAUUAACUUCUACAGAUCGCCACCAGCGACGGAAAAGAACAGCAGAGCUGCUACCACGUCCAUCGCUGCAGCUAACGACAACAGGAGCUCAUCCUUUUUAAAUGCCCUCAAAGCUAUCAAGCAAACGUCUGCGCGGGAACAGGGCCGCGCAGACGCCCAUCCAUAUCAGCGCCCAAACGGCGGGGACAGGGUGAGAAAACACGAGCCCAAGUUGUCCCUCGGCGAGGAGAAGGAAAAGUCAUUGGCUGGUGUGUUCGUUAACUCCAUAACCUGUAGUGUUUAUAUGAUAAGUGCGCACCGUUUUGAAGCUCGAACUUCGGGCUUUCACGAAAAACUGAUUGCCGUGUUCAAGAACAUGCCCACCAGAUCCUACGACAGCAACACCCGUAACUGGAGCUUUGAUUUGAAGGAUUACCAAUUUUUGCAAACACAUGUUGCAGAUUUAAAGUCCCAUGUAACCAUUAACGCCAUACCUAAGAAGAUUCUCGACCUUUGUCGGCAGCCGGCCAAGACUCUGGAGUGUAGCGUGCUGGCGUCCAUAGAGCCCAAGCUGGCGGACAGGCUGAUGCCUUUCCAACAGGAAGGGGUAUGCUUCGCGAUUGCACAAAAGGGACGAAUUAUGAUCUGUGAUGAAAUGGGCUUAGGCAAGACAUACCAAGCUCUGGCUGUGGCCGACUACUACAAGGAGGAUUGGCCGCUGCUGGUUUGCACCACGGCUUCCACGCGCGAUAGUUGGGCUGUGCACAUAACAGAGCUGCUGCCCAAAGUGCCACUUCACUACAUUCAAGUGCUCAACAACAACCAGCAGUAUGUGGGCGAUGCCCAAGUGCUGAUCACCAGCUACAACAUGAUGGAGCGUCACAUCGACAAGUUGUAUCAGCGCAAGUACGGCUUCAUCAUCUUUGACGAGUCGCACACCCUAAAAAACAGCAAGGCCAAGUGCACAGCGGUGGCCAAGCGACUCACGGAUCAGGCCAAGCGCGUUGUUCUGCUGUCGGGCACACCAGCACUCUCACGUCCCGUGGAACUGUUCACGCAACUGCAAAUGGUUGAUGGCAAAUUCAUGAGCUUCAAGGAGUUCUCUACGCGCUACUGUGAUGGCAAGCAAUCGCAGUUUGGUUGGGAUGCCAAUGGACAAUCAAAUUUGGAAGAACUCAAGGUAAUACUCAGACUAAAGUACAUGCUGCGACGCACAAAAUCUGAGGUGUUACCACAGCUGGCUGAAAAGAAUCGGGAAACGGUUACCCUGGACGCGUCUUUAAUUAUUACCAAUGACGAAACCAAGACUCAUUUGGAUGCCAUGAACAAGGAGCUUCAAAGCAGCAAAGGCAAAGUCAUGGAAGAGAUUCUACUGCGUUUCUAUGCACGCACCGCGGAGGUCAAAGCCCGGGCUGUUUGUGCCUACCUCAAGUCGCUUGUCAAGGAGCAAAAGAAAUUCAUUGUGUUUGCCCAUCAUCGGGUCAUGAUGGACGCAAUUAGCGAUUGCCUCAGUGAGCUUCAUGUGCAGCACAUUCGCAUCGAUGGGCAAACGCGCAGCGAUCUCAGGGCAGACAUGAUAUCCGCCUUCCAGAAUAAAAGCAGCUGCCAGGUGGCUGUGCUCUCACUGAAGGCCUGCAAUGCUGGCAUCACCCUGACCGCUGCCGAACUUAUAGUCUUUGCAGAGCUAGAUUGGAACCCAAGUACACUCGCACAGGCCGAAGGUCGUGCGCAUCGUAUUGGCCAGACUAAGACAGUGAUUUGUCGUUACCUAAUCGCUAAUCAAACAGCUGAUGACAUCAUUUGGAAGAUGUUAAUAAACAAACAGAAAGUGCUAAGCAAAGUGGGAAUCUUUGCGGAGAAUUUGCAGCAGGGCACCCACACAAUGGCCCCCACCUCGUCCAACAAAAUUGAGAAUUACUUUUCUCCUGCCAAAAAACAAUCGACAGUGCCCAUAAAGGGCACCAUCAAGCAGUUCCUAACUCCAGCUCCAACGAGCACUAACAGCGGAAUCGAGAACAAACCAAAGGAGGGCAGUGCCGAAUCGGGUUUUGCGGAUUUCUUCAAAGACGAUGGCGAUGAUGAAGCUUUAUUGGAUUUGGAUAUUUAAUGUUUAGAGAGCUGUUGAAUUAUACAAAUAAAUUAUUGUCUAGAUUAUUGAAUAAACAGUUGCCAUACACGUUAAAG